CCAUGCUUCCUCACUCGUUUUUCCUCCAAAGAGCUCUCCUGCUGUUUCCUAAUCUCUCUGGAUAGUUUAUGGUUUUGUCCGUUAAACGUUCUCCCGUGUGUGCGUGUGUGUGGCUGUGCGUGUGGGGGGUGAUGGAUACUUUGUCUCUGAAACUGCCUCGAGGGUUCCGAUUCAGUCCAACGGAACAGGAGCUCAUCGACUACCACUUGUGUUCAAAGAUUAAUGGAAAGAAUCAUGAAGAUAUUUACUUCAUUCGCGAAGUUCAGUUCUAUAAAUGGGAGCCCUGGGAUUUGCCGGAUAUGUCUGGCAUAGUGUCCAAGGAUCGGGAGUGGUUCUUCUUCUCGCCACAGGAACUGAAGCAUCGGACUGGGAAUCGAUCGAACAGGGCAACCGAAACUGGGUACUGGAAGUCCACCGGUCAAGAUCGAAGAAUCAUGUCUGGCUCGACUUUGAUCGGAAUGAAAAAGACUCUGGUGUUCUACCUAGGGCGUAGUCCUACCGGGAUAAGAACACCUUGGGUAAUGCAUGAGUACCGGACAACCCAGAAGGAGCUCAACGGCACGAACCCUGGUCAGAAUCCCUUUCUCCUGUGUCGUUUAUUUGAUAAACAAACAAAGAGUAGCAAAGGUCCAAACUUCAAUGAUGCUAGACCUGCCACUGGUCUUGAAGAAGCAGAGCCUGAUCUAGCUGUGGCUUCAGCAUCGGAAGUGCAAGCUGAGGAUAAUGGAACAAUCAAUGAGUAUUCUAAUUAUGAGAAUUCUCAUGGGACAAUAUCUGACACUACAGAAAUUGUUGAGAGUGAUGACAACAAUUCUAGUGCUUGUUUCGCAGAAUUUAUCCUUACUGAGGAUGAUUUGCAGCUAGAAGAAGAAAUACGAAGGGUCCUGAAUCCAUUAGAUUGUGAACCAUUGUCCUCAUUAAUUUCGUCCUCCAAUAAGCCUGUUGUUUCAUCCCCUGCAACAGCUAAAUCUUCUCUUAAAGAAGCAGAGUCUGAGCCAGCUGAAGCUGACGAUUACCUAAAAUUAUUUUAUCAUGAAGACAAUUAUGAUGGAAUAUUUUAUCCUGAAUGUAACCAGAUUAGUGAUAAUGUUUAUACCGCAAAAAAUCAAAUGGCAGGAGCAACACCUUGUGAGGGUGACUUGCAAUCGGAGGAUGGCUUGGCUAUGUCCGAUCUCUCACAAGGGACAAUAGAUUGGAACUUACCCUUCCAGUUCUUCCCCUCUUCACCCUCAGAUAUGCACAAAGAGUCAGAUCCUUUUUGCAUAUCAGACGCUGUCACCAAUGACUUGAACAGCAGUCAUGGUGGGGUGUGUUUACAAUAUGAUCUGAAUGGGUACCCUUAUAUUCCCAUUAUGUCUGGCAGUCAAAAGAAUCUCACUUUUGGCUGCGAGACUGGGAAAAGCGCAGUCUCUAGUAGGGACAAUGGAUCAUGCAGUGGGUCAGAUAUGGAAAUCGAGGACUUACUGCUUGAGCCGACAUUUGAAGAUUCUGAAGAGGUCAACAAAAGAAAGGCUUCAUCAGGGUUUUUAAAUCCAGAACCUAUAUCAUCGAUGGAAGGGUCUGGGCCUUCAAAUCAGAUCAUAGGAUCUGAUUUGACUCCAAUGAAUUAUUGGUAUUAAUAAUUCUUUGGAGGAUGAGUAGUAACAUAUGGAAUACUCAUCACUAAUUUGCUCAGUUUCUGAAGCAAUUCCAGUACCUAAACACCAAAUUACUAUUAUUUUGUUAAGCCAAUGCCAAUUAUGCUUUUUAGCAUCAAUCCUUGAUUCCAAGGGAAUAGUUCCUUUGGAAAUUAUUCAAAGAGUAAUUCUACAUACAACCGUGAAGUGCGUAACUGCGUAAUCGCUUUGAAAAAGAA